AUGGGUGCAUUCCUCUUUGGCAUCGUUACAUUGGUGCUGAUAUACAAAUCUAGCAAGUUCAUGUUUAUGACUAGCGCACUAGUAAUGAUUUGUCUUGGUGGAUUUGGAUUCUUCUCAUUUGUAAUCGAUUCAAUCUCAAUCAACGACUCAAAGAAAUGGUGUAAUAAUACCAUACCCAAACUAUAUGGCCCUCAUGUCGAUUGUACAUAUGAUACACUAAUUAUCACUGUAUUGCUCAAUACUUUGAACGCUGUCUUAUUGAUUGUGGCAGGAGUACUUGUUGUACUGUUCAGAAACUUGUUCCAGGCAACUAAACAUGUCGACCUGGAUAAUGUCAUAGGAGAGGAGAGAGAGCCACUGUUCGGAUAG